GGCCGGGCCAUGGCGAGCCCGCGCUCGGGCAGCGGCUCCGUGCGGGACGACACCGGGGCAGAACCGGGCUCCGUGCGGGAGGACACCGGGGCAGAACCGGGCUCCGUGCGGGAGGACACCGGGGCAGAACCGGGCUCGAGUAGCGGCUCCGUGCGGGGAAUCAUCGGGGCGGACCCGGGCUCCGUGUGGGGCGAUAUCGCUUUCUGGGCCGACCGCACGCCGGUGCACGAGGCCGCCCGGCGCGGGGAGAUCCGGCAGCUGCGGCAGCUGAUCGAGAGCGGCGCCUGCGUCAACGCCCUCACCUACGACUCCAUCACACCCCUGCACGAGGCCAGCCUCAGGGGACAGGCCCAGUGCGUCAAAAUGCUCCUGGACGCGGGGGCCCAGGUGGACGCUCGGAACAUUGAUGGCAGCACUCCUCUGUGUGACGCCUGUGCCUCGGGCAGCGUGGAGUGCGUGCGGCUGUUGCUGGCGCACGGCGCCAAGGUGAACCCUCCGCUCUACACGGCGUCACCGCUGCACGAGGCCUGCAUGAACGGGAGCUCGGAGUGCGUGCAGCUCCUCAUCGACGUGGGCGCCAACCUGGAGGCUCACGACUGCCACUUCGGGACUCCGCUGCACGUGGCCUGCGCGCGCCAGCACCUGCGCUGCGCCAAGCUGCUGCUGCAGGCGGGAGCGCAGGUGAACGCGGCCAAGCUUCACGAGACGGCGCUGCACCACGCGGCCAAGGCGCGCUGCGCCGCCCUGGUCCGGCUCCUCGUGGAGUUCGGAGCCGACGUCAACGCCCGCGACAACCGCGGCCGGAAACCCUCGGACUACAGCGGGAACGGCGGAGCCGCCGCCCGCUGCUUCCAGUUCUACGAGAGAACGCCGCUGUCCCUGGCUCAGCUGUGCCGCCUGGCCGUGCGCAGAGCCGCCGGCCAACGCGGGCAGCACAAAAUCUCCAAGCUGCAAAUCCCGCCCCGGCUCAUCCGCUUCCUCUCCUACGACUGAAUCCCGGGAAUCCCGGCAAUUCCAGAGGAUUUCUCCUUCUCUUCUACCUCCCCCACCCCCGAAAAAAAAAUCCGUGUUAAUUUCAUUGGAGGCGCUGCUGUGACCGGGAUUGCUCAGGAAUUCCUCUUUUCCCUCGGAAUUUCCCCCGGCUUGGGAAUUUCAGGCUCUUCCUGGUGGAUUCCCCUUCCCGGAUUUUCCCGGAUUUCCUCUGUGGGAUCCAGCCAGGGGGGAGGGGGGGAGGGGUAAAUGUGGAGCAGGAAUCAUUCCAGCCAGGAAUUCCAUGCUCCGGAGCCGCUCGGCAGCUCCGAUCCCGUUUUGAUCCCGAUUUUCCCUGCAGAGACCCCUCUGAUCCCAUUUUUCCCAUUCUGAUCCCGUUUUUCCCAUUUCUGAUCCCCUUUUUUCCCAUUUUGAUCC